AUGGUACUUGUGGAGUUAGUCGGGGUCUUCAUUUUUGCCUUGAGCAUCUUGUAUGUUUAUUAUAAAUUUGUGAUAUUUAAUUUCUGGCGUAAGAGAGGUGUUUUUUAUGUUAAACCCGUUGUACCCACUGGAAAUUUGACAGAUGUUGUAACUGGAAGGAUGUCAGUAGGCGAACUUUUCCAGAAUGCUUACAUGAAAUAUAAGGAUCAUCGGGCUUUUGGAAUGUAUACCUUAUUUAGACCAAUUUUGAUAAUUGCCGAUCCCGAUCUUAUUCGAACGGUAUUGACAAAGGAAUUUGGAAGUUUUCAUGAUCGUGGAAUGUAUUUCAAUGAAAAAGUUGACCCGUUGUCUGGCAAUUUGUUUCUUAUGCCUGGAAAAAGAUGGCGAAACUUACGUGUCAAAAUGACACCAACUUUUACUUCAGGGAAAAUAAAACAGAUGUUUCCAAUUAUGAAAGAAUAUAGCGAAAAAUUUGCAAAUUAUCUGAAGGAAAAAGCAGAAAUAAGAGAUUCUAUCGAGAUGAAGGACAUGUUUGCAAGAUAUUCAACAGAUGUGAUCAUGUCAACAGCUUUUGGUAUCGAAUCUAAUUGCAUUGAGAAUCCCAAUAACAAAUUCCGAACCUACGAAAAAAAAAUUUUAGAGAUGAAUCCAAUUUGGGUUGCAUUAUCUAUGUUUGCGCCGAAAAUUAUGGAUUUCUUUUCCGUUCCUUUCACGGACCGACAAGUCAUCAGUUUCUAUAUGAAAAUGUUUCGAGAGACUGUAGAAUAUAGGAAAGCUUAUAAUAUUAUUAGAUAUGAUUUCGUGAAUCUGCUCAUACAACUAAUGAACAGGGAUUAUGUUGAUCCUGAUGAUAAUGAAGAGAUUACCAACGUAUCAUCAACUAUGAAUAAACUUACCAUGACAGAAGCAACUGCACAAAGUUAUGUCUUUUUUGUGGCUGGCUUCGAAACCUCUGCAACGACAGCAACAUAUGCUCUGUAUGAAUUAGCUCAACAUCAAGAUAUUCAAGACAAAGUUCGCAAGGAAAUCGAUGAAAUAUUGAAAAAGCAUGGUGAACUGACCUACGACGCUAUUAACGAAAUGAUGUAUCUUCAUAAAGUAAUAAAUGAGACUAUGAGAAAAUAUCCAGCUGUUCCUCUUUUGCACCGCAUUUGCACCAAAGAAAUAGAUUUACCAACAACAAACAUUCGUGUACCAGAAGGAACUUUAAUAACUAUACCGGUACUUGGUUUACAUCGAGAUCCAUCGAUAUACCCGAAUCCAGAUAAAUUUGACCCUGAACGAUUCAAUGCAGAUAAAAUAGAACAAAGACAUUCUUACACUUAUUUGCCAUUUGGAGAAGGCCCACGAAAUUGUAUUGGUUCGCGAUUUGGCUAUAUACAAACAAAGGUUGGUCUGGUGAGUCUUCUGUCGAGAUAUAUAUUUAAACUUCAUUCUCAGACUCCAGUCCCACUUGUUUUCGACGAAAGAACUUUUGUUCUCACAGCAAAAGAUGGUGUAGAUCUUAUUAUUGAGCCGCGAAAAUAAUUACGAUCUUAUUUUAGAUAAAUAUCAAGAAUGAGAGAGAGAGAGAGAGAGA